AUGUCCUACGCCGGGGAGGAGUCACGGAAUUCGCAGCUAGCUUUCGGAGACGCCGUGAUCAACCAGAUAAGUGACUGCAUCUCCUACUGUUCGAAUGUUGGCGGCAUCAUCAUCGGAAAUCUCAACCUGACUAUCAUCGGUCGAAAACUCCUCCUCAAAUGCCAUAAUAAGUUCUACGAGGUCCAGGGAAUCGGCGUUCAGAUCAUCCACAAAUGA